UGGGUUCAGUAGAGAGUAAACAUGAUUCUUAGUCUGUGUCCGUCUCCAUUAAGAAAAACAACAUGGCCGCUCCCAUGGCUCUCAGGCGAGAAUUGAUGUCUUUGCCAAGGAUAUGGAGAGGAAUCACACAUUUGGGACCGAGAAGUUUGACUGCAUGUUCAAGUCACAAGAAAUUUAAUACAACCCGGUUCCAUCGUCCGUCGACGCCUAGCACUUCCUUCCACACAACAACGUUGUUAUCAUCAACACCCUCAGCUAUUACGGUAACGGAAGAACCGGACACGUUGUUCCAUAAGGUGCUGGUUUUGGUGAAAAGUCAUGACAGAGCUGUUCUGGACAGCUACGAGUUCUUCGCCACCAUGGCGGCUAAAGAGCUGGGCAUCACCAUCGACAAAGUUUUUGAACCUCCCAAAGACAUAGAGAAGAUGACACUCCUGAAGUCAGUACACAUCUUCAAAAAUCACAGGGUCCAGUAUGAGAUGAGGACACAUUACCGCUCCAUUGAGCUGUCUCGUUUAACGGGCAGCACAGCACAGGUAUACCUCGAAUACAUCCAGAGGAACCUCCCUGAAGGCGUAGCCAUGGAGGUGACAAAGACUGCCAUGGAGAAGGUUCCAGAUCACAUCCUCAAACCCUUGUGGGACGACAACCCCACUGAUGAGAAGCCCGGCCAGUGAAUACAGCCGUGACGAACAGAAACGUGAUUUCUCUGUGAAUAUGUUUAACGGAAACACGUGUGUUCAUAUCCUGAGCUGUGUUCUUGUUGCCUUCUCUGACAUGGCAGCGUGGAAUCGCAUGAUUAAAACAAGCUCUGCAUUCAGUGACACUGCAACUUUAACUUACCUCUUUGUGCUGUUUUCAAGUUGGGGUUGUGUUGCUAAUGAGUUAAGUCAAUGUUUAAGUAGCUGCAUUGAAGUCAGACCGUUACUCCAUAUGAACACACAGCGUCGGACACAAGACCAGCACACGUUCCAUUUAAAUGCAUUUAUUGAAUAUUAGGUACACAAAAAACAAAUAUAUACAAAUCGACAUUCAUUUUGUGUUUAGAACACGUUGUCGUUGUAAAACAGGUUUCAGCAAUAAAAAUGUAUGAUGGAUCAUUUUUUUUCCAUGUAUCUAUUUAAAUAUUGUCAUUUUGUCUUGUUUCUUCAUGUGCUAAACUGAGUUGUUACGCAGAGAAGACACUCGGAUAUAAAGAAAGACAUUAACCAGUUUUAAUAAUAACAAUGCAAAUAGUAUUAUUGGGAGUAAACUGUAGGCCCUGACGGGGCUUUUUUUCCUGUUUGUACCUGUUGGUGGCUGGGUUAGGAUUAAUAUAUUUAAAUGCUCCCACUUGUGAUGAACGUCCUUGUAAUUUGUCCUACGAUCAAUUCAGCAAGAUGCAGAAAUUCAUCUUCUUUUUGUGCAUGCUUGCAUAAAUAUGCCCGAACUCACGACAAUAAUAAAAGCAAGUCUUUCUGA